UUCGGAGAAAGACGAAGAAGAAGAAAGAAAAAUAGCCUCUCUCUCUCUAACACACAGUCACAUAGUAAAAAAAACAUCAUUACAACGAAAGCUUUUGUUACUUGCUCACUCUCUCUAUAUAUAUAUCUUCUCUGGUUACAUAUAUAUACGUGUGGAAACCAAUUUAUGUGGCUCGUCGAUCUUCCAGCAUUUCUUGAUAGUUUCUCUUUUUAAACCCUACCUCUUGUAUCAUUGUAAUCAAAGUCUAAAUUAGAUUCAAGUGUCUGGAAUCAUGGCGAAUAGCAAUCCUUCCGACGGCUCUGCUGACGACUUCUUUGAACAAAUCCUAGGGUUCCCUGCUUAUCCCGGAGGUGCAACCGACCCCAAUUUGUCGGUAAACGAAGGAGGUAUGGGUGGACCAGGAGGUAACUCCAUGAUGUUGCAGCUGAGCUCCGCCGGUGACGUCGGCUCUGGUCAUCAUCAUCUAGGUGGUGGAGUUGGAGUUGGAGGUGGAGGUGCAGGCGGAGGGUUUCAUUUUCCGUUAGGGUUGAGUUUAGAACAUGGAAAAGGAGGGUUUUUGAAGAUGGACGAUGCGUCUGGAAGUGGUAAAAGGUUCCGCGACGACGUCGUUGAUAGCCGAGUUUCCUCUUCGGGUUUCCAAGGCCAGUCAAUGGGUGGUGGUGGUGGUAACACGGUGCAAACGACUCCAAAUCCACCAACUGCUCGUCCGACGAGGGUCAGAGCAAGGCGAGGCCAGGCCACAGACCCCCACAGUAUUGCUGAAAGGCUUCGUCGUGAAAGAAUAGCAGAGAGAAUCAGAGCAUUACAAGAACUGGUUCCUAGUGUCAAUAAGACAGAUAGAGCUGCAAUGCUUGAUGAGAUUGUGGACUAUGUCAAGUUCCUAAGGCUUCAAGUAAAGGUAUUGAGUAUGAGUAGAUUGGGAGGAGCGAGCGCUGUAGCACCACUCGUCACUGACAUCCCUAUAUCAUCCGUCGAGGAGGAGGCGGGGGAAGGGGGAAGAAACCAACCCGCAUGGGAGAAAUGGUCAAAUGAUGGGACGGAAAGACAAGUAGCAAAGCUAAUGGAAGAAAAUGUAGGGGCUGCAAUGCAAUUUCUUCAAUCUAAGGCCCUUUGCAUCAUGCCUAUUUCACUCGCAUCUGCUAUUUACCACACACAACCACCCGAUUCAACCUCCAUUAUCAAACCCGAAUCCGAACCCCCUUUAUAAAAUCUUGACAGAAUGACCUAAUCUGAACAGAACGGCUUAAUCAACGUCAUAUUCAUAUGUAGCUUUAUCUUUCACCACCACUCAAUCUCAUCAUGUUUUAUAAGAAUAAUGGGAAGCCCACAAGAUUCAAGGAGAGGUAAAAGUUGUCAAACCUUUGCUUGAUAUGUUGUGACUUUUUGUGUCAAUUGGUGAGGCUAGUGGUGGAUGACUAAGAAAAAAAGGGGAUUAAUACACUUUUGUUAGUGGGGGGAGGCUUUUAAGUUUUAUUUUAUUUUUGGGGUAGUGGAAUGUGGGGACAUUCAUAUAAUAUAUAUAUAUAUAUAUAUAUAUA